AUGAAACGGAUCGCAGAGAAUGGCUCAGAGGGCAGCGAUGGGACUGCUGGCCGUGGAAAUGAGUUGGGCAAGGACUCUCCAUUUGAUAACUUAGAAAAUUGGUUUGGCCAAGCCAAACCCAGGAGAUGCACUACUUUUACUUGGUUUUGUGAACGACUUGCAGCGAAUUCCAUUCUUUCACUAGUCACAACGCUUCUGACCAUCUAUGCCCUCAUUGGAGAUGACAUGCGGCUGAUCUUCUCUGAGAAAGCAGCUGAUGAUACUUUCAACAUCAUCACAACUGUGACGAUGGUGGUCUUCGGGCUAGAAGUGAUCAUCAAUACAUUCGGAAAGCAAGGAUACCUUUGCGGCUUCUUCUUUCUACUGGAUUUUGGUUCCACUAUAACCUUGAUUUUGGACCUCACCUAUGUCUCAGAGGCUCUUUUUGGAGAUUCCAUCUCUUCAGCACAGGCGCUGGCAGGCGCGAGCGCUGGGCCAGUGGUGCAGGGUCCAGUCGAUCAAAGUAGCAGCCAAUCCGCUGAUGCGGCUCGAGCAGCUAGGAUGAGCCGAGUGGGCACCAAGGCUGGUCGAGUAGUUCGACUUCUGCGGUUGGUAAGGCUAAUUCGACUGGUGAAGUUCUACCAGAAGAACACCUCGUCUCCCAAGUACCAAGCUGGGGAGUCUGUCGAGGCCACCCCUGGAAUGGAUUGGGAGGAGGAUGAUGACGAUAUGCAAAAGGAAUCGGCCGUCUCCAAAAAGCUUUCCGAGAUGACCACUCGUAGAGUCGUCAUGCUGGUCUUAGUCAUCAUGCUGUCCCUGCCAUUCUUCCAGCCUGGAAUGUACAACGAUGAUUUGUCUACCUCAGCUCAGUAUGGCGUGAACGUCCUCUACCGAAGAUGGCGGGAUGACAUGAGUCUUUACGAGCCCUACGCGAAUGACACAGCACAAGCCGCUUAUAUGAGCUCCAAAGGCAGAGAGGUCUACGUGGAUGACUUUUUCCUGUAUUCUUACUACCACAGUCCAUUCACACAAGAGGACCUAAAGCCUUCAACGGCAGUUAGUUCUCCUUUGAGCAGCUUCAACAGCUUGUUCUUCGCCGGCGUCCAUCCGGACAACGAGACCUUGGGACAGUUCUUCUUACCUUCCUUCGAGGGAAGAGGUACAGGAAGUUAUGAUCCGAACGCUCGCUUUGCGGGCACAGAUUGGUUGUACUAUCAAGGCAACCUGACCUCGGACCCAGAGGCUCUUUUGUUCGUUCCAUAUCCGAACACCACGAGCUGCGUUGGCGGAGCCGCGCGGGGUGUUUCCCUCCUGGCAGCGAUUGAUGCCAACUUGGAUUGUCCUGAAAAGCUUCGCUACAAUGAACGCACCGUGAUCGUUCCGACUGCCGCCACCUCGGCAGAGUACGAAGAGAUCCACUUCAUUUUCGUCUUUGACCGCAGGUCUGGAGCCCGACUAGAAGCGAUCUUGAACACGGCGCAGACCAUUUUCAUUUGUUUCCUGCUGGGCUUCGGGGCGAUGACCUUCUCACAAGAUGCCAAUAGGUUAGUUCUCACACCGAUUGAGCGAAUGAUCUCCAAGCUGGAUAAGAUCCGGAACAACCCGCUCGAAGCAAUGACCAUAGGUGAUGAGGAGCAUCACAGAGAGCAGGUGAGAGCAAUCAAGCGGGGCCAACAAAGGGAGCCCAACGAUCCGGAGAGCGCCGCCAAGCGGGGUUGCUGCAGUCGGUGUUGCUCUGCCACUCUGAAAUGCAUUAGGAGAAGAAGCUCUGCGCCAAAGCAGAUUCCUGAGCCUAUGGAGACGGUUGUGCUGGAAAAGACCAUCAUCAAGAUCGGAUCCCUCUUGGCUUUGGGAUUUGGAGAGGCUGGUGCUGAGAUCAUUGGCCAGAACAUGCGUGGAGGUGAUAGCGCUGCGCUCAAUGCCAUGAUUCCUGGCCGACGAGUAGAGGCCAUUUUUGGCUUCUGCGACAUCCGAAACUUCACCGAUGCAACGGAAGUCCUGCAGGACCAGGUGAUGGUCUUUGUGAAUCGCAUUGCGUCGGUCAUUCACUCCUGCGUCAACGAGUUCUUUGGCAACCCCAACAAAAACAUAGGUGAAGCUUUCUUACUGACCUGGAGGCUUUCUGGAUACAGCCCAGCCAAGCAGAAAAAGCUUGCAGACAUGUCGUUGCUGUCCUUCAUCAAGAUCAUUGCACAGAUCAACAAGUCACCCUUGUUGGCGGAGUAUCGCAACCAUCCAAAGCUCGCCAAAAGGCUGCCAAACUACCGUGUCCGAAUGGGCUUCGGCUUGCACAGUGGUUGGGCUAUCGAGGGUGCGAUCGGCUCCGAGUUCAAGAUCGAUGCCUCAUAUCUCAGCCCCAAUGUCAACAUGGCCGCGCGACUUGAGGCAGUGACCAAGCAGUAUGGUUGCCUCAUCUUGAUGACGGAUGCUAUCAUCAAGCUGAUGUCUGUCGAGGUCUCCGAGGAAUGCCGGAUCAUCGACCAUGUGAGGCUCUCUGCAACCAAGGAGCCGUUCAAGCUCUACACCUAUGAUUUGAACGACUUGGCCUUGGAGGUUGAAGCUGCAGUAACUCCUCCUCAGCCAGUGCAAGGAACCUUGUCCGAUGGUGCUCGCAAGACCGAGACUCAAAAUCGCGAGGCUGCGCAGAAGAAAGACAAGUACCGACUCCGCCAUGAAAGAGAACGGACGAAGGCUGAACGCUGGAGCGACGACUUCCAGAUGUGCUUUAUGCUCACGAGGGAUGCUGAUAUCGUGACCAUGCGCAACAAGUUCACCUCGGAGUUCUUUUGCCGAUUCAACAUGGCGUACUUGAACUACGAGGCUGGCGAGUGGGGAGUGGCCAAGGACAUGCUGGAGGUGACUCGAUUCCUCUUGGCGACGGAGGAUGGGCCUUCAGCCGCCUUGCUGAGGUACAUGAAGCAGUAUGACUGGGAAGCUCCAGCUGGUUGGACUGGGUAUCGCGUUCUUCAUGACAAGUGA